CUCUUUCCCCCUUGCAAGCGGCGCAGCUUAAUAUCCUCCGUCGCCGAACGACGACGGCAGUGUUCGCUUGCGCAGCAGCGUGCCGCGUCGCGGUAGUUUCUCGUGGGAGCCGUCGGUCGGAGUCGGUUUCGAACGUAUCGUCGGAAACCCCGCCGAGGUUGCCGCGCGCGUCUGGCUCGGUCGUAAUAAAAAGUCGGGUGAACGUAAUAUCGUUCGCGGGGGGAGGAAAGAAGGGAAGAGCGAACGGAGAGCGCGGGAAAAAGGUUUGCGUGUCAAAUUCGUCGCACCACGUUCGUACAUACGUUAGGUCGUCGUCCCCCCCUCCCCCCGUCGGUCGCGGAAGAUGGCUCCGUCGUGCUUCGAGGUGAUCCUCGUCGGCUUUAUCCUCGUGCUGCCGUUCCUGUACGAGACCAGCCGCACCUUCCGCUACUACUUCAAGUUCCUCAUCUACUACGGCAUCGUGAUGAUGAAUUCGGUCCUGCUCACGCCUGUCUUCUCGCUGCGCCCCGGCAACGUCAAGAAUUUGCUACUGGCAUCGUCGUUAUGCCAUCACAUCAGUACUCUGCUGGGUCUGCGAUGGGAGCUGCGGGGAAGAGAACACUUGGAGAAGAACAGAGCUUGUAUAAUCGUGGCAAAUCAUCAGAGCUCACUAGACAUACUGGGAAUGUUUGAUAUUUGGCCGGUGAUGGACAAGUGCACUGUCGUCGCCAAGAAGGAACUUUUCUACGUGUGGCCGUUUGGUUUGGCCGCGUGGUUGUGCGGUCUAAUUUUCAUCGACAGAAUGAACUCCGAAAAAGCACGAACCGCCCUCAACACCGCCACAAAGGAGAUCACGGAGAAGAAGAUUAAGCUGUGGAUAUUUCCUGAGGGCACCAGACACAAUACUGGCGAGAUACAUCCGUUCAAGAAGGGUGCCUUCCACGUUGCGAUUAGGUCGCAAUUACCUAUACUACCGGUCGUAUUCUCCUCCUAUUAUUUCUUAUCCGCGGAAGAAAAAAAAUUUGAUUCCGGGCGCAUUCUCGUAACGACAUUGCCGCCCAUCUCAACCGAAGGACUCGAUACAAACGACAUGGAAGAGUUAAUGGAAAAGACACGAAAUGCCAUGAGCGAAGUGUUUCACGCGACGAGUCGCGAGAUCCAGCAGUCCCUGCCUGUCCGGUAAGACGCCGAACGAUCAUUAUUAGGCUGUAACGAACGAGCUCACGCACGUUUUCAAGAAAUGAGCAAAUAAGCUUACUUCUUUACAAGAGUUAACGAAUAAGUCUCCACGCGGGAACCAAAGACUAAGCGUCCGAUUAGCUAAUAUUAUCUUAUUGCGUUAUUACAAUAUGAUACUCUAAUUUUAUAUUUUAAUGUCUCUCCAACUUAGAGAAAGUGGAUAGCGUCAGAUUUUUCUAUCCGUCUACAUUCUUCUCAUGCCUUUAUUCAUUAUCUUAUAAAUCAAGAAUUUAGACGAUUCUUCAGCAUUUAUGACUAAGUUGUCGAUUUUAUGUUUAUUAUUGGUGUAUAGAUACGUUUUCAUAUUUAUACAUCAGAAUAUUGCAGCAAUUUACAGUAAUAUUACACAAUGUUACUGUAGCAUUAUUGGAACAUUCUGUAAUAUUCUGCGCUGUAUGAGAUCGCAUGUACGAUAAACGAUAGUUUAUGAUUUGAUUGCUGCAUAUAAUAAACUUUUUUAUUUAGAGAUAUGCAUUUUAAAAUGAAAAAAAAAAGUUUCUGGUAAAAUACGUAUACGAUUGGAAAAUAAUUAUAUAUGUCGCUAAGAAGAAUUAUAAACAUCGUUUUUAAUCAAUAUUAGACAUAAUUUGGAAAAACUGCGUACAUGAAGUAUCUAUAUGAUAUACUCUUUAGCGUGGACGCACCAAGAUAGUGAGAGAAAAAACGAACUUUCGAUAUGUAUAUCAUGAUUUUUCAUAGAAGUUACGGGUUGUAAAUAUGAUUGGUUAGAAUGCAUUUUUGCAUAAAUUAUAGAAAUAUUGUUAACGUUUAUACUUAACGAUUUGUACUAAAUUCCAUUAGAUAUAUUUUGCUAUAUAUAAACUAUGCUUGUACAUUUCCACUCGUCUGUUUUAUGCUUCCACUCGUUUUCAUAUAAUUAUUUUGUAAAAAGAUUAACAAGGAGAUACCGAAAUGUGAUAAUAAUCGAUUUGGAUGAAACUUAUUCUAUCGAUAUAUUAUCAUGUCAAAUAUUAAUGGAUAAUAAAAGGAUAAUCGGUUAUAUUCAAUCGUUGGCGAGAAAACCGUGAGUAAAAAUUACGAGCGCCUUAUUAACAAAGAAGAGAAUCUUUCGGCGAUCUUUCAAGAAAUUGCGAUUUUCUCGCGAACGGUUGAAUAUAACUGAUUAUCCUUUUACCCAUUAAUACUUGACAUGAUAAUAUAUCGAUAGAAUAAGUUUCAUCCAAAUCGAUUAUUAUCAUACUCCGGCGUCUCCUUGUAAGAUACAUGCAAUUGUAGAAAAAGUGCACUUUAAUUUUUAACAUUUUAAAGAGAAGCAUAUCUCCUUCAACACAUUCUUUCAGAUGAUUUUCCGAAUAUAUAUUUCCUUUGUGAAAUAUAAAAUAAAACUUAACUUUGGUUAUCGAUUAACUCGUCACUGUAUAUCGAGAUAAUUGUUCAUAAUCAAGAUAAUAAGAAAAAUAAUUUUAAUUGAAUGAUAUUAUAAUAAACCUGAGGCACAUUAAUAGUCACUUUGUGCUACAGUGUACAUACGUUUUUCACCUACAAUUAGUUAUGAUUGCGAUAUUAUGAUAAAAUGAUCGUGAUCGGUAUUCGACAUUAAACUUUAAUCCUUGGACAUUCCUCGGAUGAUCGCACUUUCAAUUUCAUAGUGUCUCUACUCUCUGCAUACUACGAUUGACGAAAUGUCGCAUUCUAUAUUAAGGCAACAUCUUCUUUUACAUUAAAUUUCCAAACAGUGAUUGUGUUCAGUUCAGCGUAGUUUACGUAAUAUUUUCUUGCUUAUCGCAUUUCAAUUCAACUAGCAUUAAUAGAGUUGAUUAAAAAGAUCUAGUUGUUGGUAAGAAAAUAUUAUGCCAAAUUGCGCUCUUUUUUUCUUCCAAGAUUCACUGCUGAAAUUCAUAAAUUUUAAAAUAUAUAAAUAUACGAAUUGAGAAUAUCAAAUGUUUGUCCAUUGCGUUUCUUUCAAUAUUGUAUGGAAAAAAUUGUGUUUGUUGCAGAAUCAUAAACGUUUGCUCGCGGUCAUAAAAAACAAACUCUAACUAUAUCGCGUAUGUAACGUGUCAACAUGAUCAAUCGUUCGCGCGACUUCCGCACUGCGGUACGUUUAUAUUUUGCAUCAGAUAUCAAUUUUCUUGUAAGCUGCAACGAUCACACAAUAGUCGUAUAGUACAAUCCGAACAAUGUUAAAGCCGUUUUCGUUUAGCCGUUAAAAUAGUAAGAGAGAGUAGUGCAUCAUAUUAACUUUCAACAGCUUCCCUUGUAAUUAAAAAAAAAAAAUGUAUUUAAGUAGAAAACUUCUGCUUAAGUGUAUACAAACACAAGUAUUUGGAGAUUUCGAUUACCUGACCGAUCGAGUGUUCUACGAUGUUCAAUUAAUUAUACGUGAUUUCAAACAUGCACGAUUAGCGAUUUAUAUGCAAAAAAUAAAUCUCGAAUUCAUUGUUACUUAAUUAAUUAUAAUUAAUUGAUUAAUUUAUUUAUAGAGUGCUUUAUGUUUUUUCAUAUAUAUAUAUAUAUAUAUAUAUUCAGAAAACUUAACUAACUAAUCUUACAAAUUCCUUUACUUUUCACGCUACAGUUCACACUAAUGUAAUCAUCCACGAUCUCGAACAGCUAAUUUUCUUCUGAGCAUCGAAUGUGUAAUAUGAAUUGAGUUUUGAAGAUUAAUUUCUUUUUCCUUAAAAUUCAAUUUAAUUAUUUUAGGAAUAUGACCGGCUUAUAACAAAAUAUAUCUUUUUAAGUUAAGGAGUCGGCAAGAAUGAGAAAAUCAGUGUUUAAUUUAAAAAAAGUUUGUAUGAUAGCUUAAAGAAUGCUCAUUAAUUGAAUAAAAAAUUUUGAGUACAUGGUCCCUUGUUUUCUAAAAAAAAAAAAAAAAAAAUAAAUAAAGUUAUUGAAAAUUAAGUUGUAUACUAUGUUAAGAAAAUAUUUUGCAAUUUUUAUCAGUGACUGUAUAAAAAUAUCCGCGACGUAACUUUUGAUUACGUGUUUUCAAUUAAAAAACCUAACAAUAAAAACAUUUUUUAUUUAAUUAAAUAUUAGAAAUAAUUUUUUACACAAAAUAAAUUAGUUGAAAAUUAAAAAUAGUAAUUUUUGUUUUACAUUUUAUUUAUUUAUAUAAAUAUUUAAUCUUUGUCAUACAUUUUUCACAAUAGCGAGGUUGAAAUUUGAAUUAAAAAUUGAAACAUAACAUUUUGCCAUUAAGAAUAUCGAUUAAGUGAAGACUUAUUACAUUUGCACCUAUUUUUCAUUAAAUUUUCGGGAAUAAAUAUAAUUGUUUAAGAAAAUAUCUAUAGGAAAAUUGUUUUUCUAAUUCUUGUCGACUCCUUUAAAUAGUUUUUAGACUACGUAAGAAACUGCGUACACUUUUCUCACACUGUGGCUGUUAUAUGUUAUAUAUGUGUUAUAUGAGAUAAUUAUUGAUUCGUCAUCAUAAUUAAGCUACAGGAAUAUUUUUAUAUCAAGAAUGAAUCGAGAUGUAUAGUCAUUGCGAAAUAUGUAAUCUUGUUUGUCGGAUAUAUUUCUUAAUCGAAAAAACAUUUCGAUAAUAACAUAAAUCCAUUGUGACUUCGGCAUUAGAUAAAGGAAUGUAGUUCACGAAGGAUUUGAAAUUUCGAACCUCCGAGUUAAUCGAUCUUAUUAUAGACUAUGUUUGCACGACAUCCUUAAUCAAGUUUAAUAACAUCUGUACUUCUAGAGCUGACCAAUCAUAAUCAUUCCACUCUUCCGAAGAAUAGCUGUAAUUGAUCAGUUUUAUAAAUCCGGUGUUACUAAACCCAACGUGUAAACGUAGUCAUAGAUGCAAUCAAGUAAACAUUCAGAAGACUUUUGAAUGAAUUGAUCGCGUUAGUAUUAUCUUCCUGAUGAAUAUAAAAGAAAACGCACAAUUUUCAAUCGUACGCUAUUAACGCUACGUUUAAUAUACGAUUUCUAGUGUAAUCGAAUAAUAUAUUUCGGGCAUAUAGACAGUUUGGAGUCAAAUUUUACCAUUUAAAAAUCUGAAAAACAAGAACUUUCUUGAAUUUACAAGUAAUGCCGAUGUCUAUCUUUCUUCUCGAAAAUAUCAUAAGUUUCAUUAUUGAUUUAUCGGUAUAACCGCUAAAUUACGUAACCUCACCGCUUAAUUACGUAAAUGAUUGAACUGCAGAUACGUAAAAAAUAUUUAUAAAAAUUACUUUAAAAUCUUAACGAUGCUACAGUUAUCGAGAAUGUCGUCCACCAAAGAUUUAUCAUCUCAGUGCCAAUUCACAAAAAAAAAAAAAAAAAAA